ACAAUAGAUACUGGCCCAAGUCAUUCAACAACUUGGCUUUUAUCUAAUAAAGCCCCUCCCUCUCCGAUUAACCAUUAAAUAAAACCGGAGGGAGAGCAAAAAAAUAAAAACAAAAAUAUACAAAACCAAAAAAAAAAAUCUAAAAAAAUGAUUGGAAAAGUUGUUGUCUCGGUGGCCUCCAUCCUCUUAAUAGUCGGAGUUGCCAUAGGAGUCGUUGCCUUCAUAAACAAAAAUGGUGAUGCUAAUCUGUCUCCGCAAAUGAAAGCGGUUCGAGGAAUUUGCGAGGCGACUUCCGACAAAGCCUCAUGUGUCAAAACUCUCGAGCCGGUCAAGAGCGAUGACCCAAACAAGCUAAUCAAGGCUUUCAUGCUCGCUACCAGAGACGCAUUAACCACAUCGUCUAACUUCACGGGUCAAACCGAAGUAAACAUGGGCUCGAGCAUCUCGCCAAACAACAAAGCCGUUCUUGAUUACUGCAAGAGAGUUUUCAUGUACGCGCUUGAGGAUCUCAGCACCAUUGUUGAGGAAAUGGGUGAAGAUCUUAACCAGAUCGGGAGCAAAAUCGACCAGCUCAAACAAUGGUUAAUCGGUGUUUACAAUUACCAAACUGAUUGUCUUGACGAUAUCGAAGAAGAUGAUUUAAGAAAGACGAUUGGUGAGGGCAUUGCAAACUCCAAGAUUCUCACUACCAACGCUAUUGACAUCUUCCACAAUGUCGUUAGCGCCAUGGCCAAGCUUAACAACAAGGUUGACGACUUCAAGAACAUGACAGGCGGAAUCCCCACUCCCGACAACAAAGGAGCCCCUCCUGUUGUUGAUGAAUCUCCCGUGGCCGACCCUGAUGGUCCUGCUCGUCGUCUUCUUGAAGACAUUGACGAGACCGGAAUCCCAACAUGGGUUUCAGGUGCUGACAGGAAGCUCAUGGCUAAGGCUGGACGUGGCGGUAACGGCGGUGGUAGGAUCAGAGCGACCUUUGUGGUGGCUAAGGACGGAAGCGGACAGUUUAAGACGGUUCAACAAGCCGUUGAUGCUUGUCCUGAGAAUAACCCAGGCCGAUGCAUCAUCUACAUCAAGGCUGGUAUCUACAGAGAGCAAGUAAUCAUCCCUAAGAAGAAGAACAACAUCUUCAUGUUUGGAGAUGGUGCAAGAAAGACAGUCAUUUCUUACAACAGAAGUGUUGCUCUCAGCCGUGGAACCACCACAUCCCUUAGUGCCACAGUUCAGGUUGAAUCGGAAGGAUUCAUGGCGAAAUGGUUGGGAUUCAAGAACACCGCCGGUCCAAUGGGACACCAAGCCGCGGCUAUCCGAGUGAACGGAGACCGGGCCGUGAUCUUCAACUGCAGAUUCGACGGUUACCAAGACACCUUGUACGUGAACAACGGUCGUCAGUUCUACAGAAACUGUGUCGUCUCGGGAACAGUCGACUUCAUCUUCGGCAAAUCCGCAACUGUGAUCCAAAACACACUAAUUGUUGUCCGUAAAGGAAGCAAGGGACAAUACAACACGGUCACAGCCGAUGGAAACGAACUGGGCUUAGGGAUGAAACUUGGUAUCGUCCUCCAAAACUGCCGCAUCGUUCCCGACAGGAAACUAACGCCAGAGAGAUUAACCGUGGCGACAUACUUGGGAAGGCCGUGGAAGAAAUUCUCGACCACCGUGAUAAUGAGCACCGAGAUGGGAGAUUUGAUUAGACCAGAAGGUUGGAGGAUUUGGGAUGGGGAAAACUACCACAUGUCAUGUAGGUACGUUGAGUACAACAACCGUGGACCAGGAGCAUUCACUAACAGAAGAGUUAACUGGGCUAAGGUCGCUAGGUCUGCAGGUGAGGUCAAUGGCUUCACUGUUGCUAACUGGUUAGGUCCUAUUUACUGGAUUCAACAAGCCAAUGUUCCUGUCACGAUUGGAUUAUAAAGUGUAUAAAUAAAAUAAAGGUUUUUGUGCAAAAAAAAAUUUAUCAAAUUCGCUUUUUUUGCAACUUAA